UCUGCUCUACCAUGUGCAUCUCUCUACCUCCGCCUUUCUGUCUGUCUGUCUGUCUCUAUUCACUACUUACUGGGAUAUGGAGACGAAUGUGGAGUCCUUCCUAAACUCAUCGGCUGCUUUCUUCGUCCUGGCCUCGCUCUCUCUCCUUCUUCUCUUCUUCGCAUACUUCUCAGUCCCCUACUGGAAAGUCAGGCAUGUCCCCGGCCCUCCGGCGAGGUUCAUAGUUGGCCAUCUGCCUUACCUGGCCAGCCAUGGACCUGACGUCCUCAGAGCCUUCGCCAAAAGCCACGGCCCCAUCUUCCGGUUUCAUAUGGGAAGGCAGCCGCUGGUGAUUGUGGCAGAUGCAGAGCUGUGCAGGGAGGUGGGCAUCAAGAACUUCAAGUACAUCAGGAACAGGAGCAGGCUGUCCCCUACUUCUGGAUCUGAUUUGCUUCAAAAUGGUCUUUUUCUCACAAGGGAUUCGAGGUGGAAUAUAACAAGAAACCUCAUCACCGCUCUGUACCAGCCGACCCACCUCGCCGGACUCAUCCCCACUAUGAACCACUACGUCGCCGCCUUCUCCGCCGCCGUGUCUCACUUCCACCGCCUUCGAGAGGACGUCCCGAUCUCAGACCUCGCCCUCCGCCUCGCCAUAGAUGUACUGGGAAAGACGGCCUUCGGCAUCGACUUCAAGCUCUUGAGCGACCCGACCAUCAGCGGAGUUAGCGACGCCAACGGCGACGGAGAUGAGGCUUCCGCCUUUCUGAAGGAGCAUACUUACUCGGUUUCCUCGCUGAAGAUGGACCUGUCCAGCUCAUUCUCCACGAUGCUCGGCCUCAUCGCGCCCGUGCUCCAGAUCCCUUCCCGCCAAAUUCUGAAAAGGAUCCCCGGCACCGCUGACCACAAGCUCGAGCGGACCCACCAGAGGCUGUGCGCGCGGCUCGACUCCAUCAUCGCGAGGAGGUCGAGGGAGUUGGGGCCGGGGGAACCGAAGGACUUCCUUACAGCUCUCUUGAACGCGAGGAGGCAGCCCGGCACGCCGGCCGCCGAGCUGCUCACCGAGGGCCACGUGCGCGCGCUCGCCUACGAACACCUGGUGGCGGGAACCAAGACGACCGCGUUCACGCUGGCAAUGACGGUGUAUCUGGUGUCGUGCCAUCUGGAGGUGGAGCGGAGGUUGGUGGCGGAGAUCGACCGGUUCGGCGCCAAGAGUUCGGUGCCGACGUCGGAGGAUCUGCAGAGCAAGUUUCCUUACCUCGACCAGGUAAUCGACUUUAAGGUGAUAAAGGAGUCUAUGAGGAUGUACACGGUGUCACCACUAGUUGCACGAGAGACAUCCCAACAAGUGAAAAUCGGGGGAUAUGUUCUACCAAAGGGUACUUGGGUUUGGCUUGCACUCGGAGUGGUGGCUAAAGACUCGAAGCAAUUUCCAGCACCAGAUGUGUUCCGACCAGAGCGGUUUGACCCAACAUGCGAAGAAGAGAAACAAAGACACCCAUAUGCACACAUUCCGUUUGGAAUUGGGCCGCGUUCUUGCAUUGGGCAAAAAUUUUCUAUUCAAGAGCUCAAGCUUGCGUUGAUUGAGCUUUACCGACACUUUAUUUUUAGACCGUCUCCGAUGAUGGAUUCAUCGCCCGAGUUUGAGUAUGGUUUGGUUUUGGGUUUCAAACGUUGUGUCAAACUCCGAGCUAUCAAGCGCACCGAUAGUGAACGAAAAAAAUGAUGUGAAAGGAUAAAAUAGUUUAUGCAAACAAAUAUGUAAAAUGUGUAUAUCUUUAUUUUCAUAAUAUGUUUAUGUAUAAUUAUUUAAUAAGUGGAUUUAAAUGAAAAGUGCUUUUGAAGA